AAGGUGCUGUCCAAUCUUGACCUCAGGUUCAGCGGAAAUGAUCAGGAACUACUCUGUGCUUUGGGAAACAUCUGUCACAGCGAAACACUUGAUAAAGAAAGCUUCUCUCGCGUUGCUAAAUUUUACAAACUCGACGGCGAGAUUCUCGAAGCUGAGGAGAAAAUGUACGCGAGUUUUCGUCGUGCGCGCGGAUUAAGCUACAUGAGUGUUCCUGAAAUGCUGGAGACAAUGCACGAGAAUGAUCUGUUUGAUAGGUUUCCAUCGUUUUCUAAUGUGGUACAUAUCCUUGGAGUGAUACAUUGUGUUCUGCAGAACGAUCAUUCAGUGCGUUGCGCAGAUUGAAAACCUACCUCCGCAGCACCUUGGGCAACAAUGUGUCAGUGACAUAUCGCACUUAUUAACAUUGAAAUGGCAUAUGCCAACUCUGUAG